AAAAACAGAAAACCGCUCGGGAUACAGAAGGGAAAAAACGUAGUCCUCGGGCUCAUUUCCCACGAGCCUUUGUUUUCCCUCCAGCAGCACUUGAAGCCAGAAUCAUCAGCUAUUUGUCCCUCCUGAAUUCACUCAAAUCAGUAGUGAAAUGUGGAAGAUUCCUGUGAUCCUUGUGUUCUUUCCCAUUUCCUCAGCAUUUUACUUACCAGGGCUAGCACCAGGCUUCUUUUGCAGAGAGGACUAUGCAAACAGCAUUUCUGGCUGCAAGAUCUGCAUACAGUAUCAUCAGUUCAAAAUUAAUCCUGUCUUCCCCAGUUUUGACUUCUGCAAAGGAGAUGAUUAUGACAAAGUCACAGAUGCUGAUGAGAAUCUCAGCCAAAUGCUGUUUGGAAAGCGUCCCAAAAAAUCACCAAUAAAGGCAAACUGUGAAGUUAUCUGCACCAAGAAGUACAAUGGAUCAUCAUUUGAUGACAAUGAUAAACUGAACAGGUUCAAAACUGCAAUAUAUGUCAACUAUGUGCAGCAUUGGUUUAUUGACAACAUGCCAGUGCGCUGGUGCUUGAAUGUAGACUUUGGGAGGAGACACUGUGCAUCAGGAUUUCCAGUUGGGUGCUUUCUUGGAGGAGCUGGGCAACCAGAGGGAGUGUGCAGUGUUCCUAAAUCUUACACUUUGCCUAACAAUUAUUACCUGUUCAACCAUGUUGACAUAGUCAUCAGAUACCACAGUGAUGAGGACUAUGUGCUGCAUCCUGAUCAUGGGGCCAAGGGAAGCAGGAUCAUUGGUGCUCACAUGUUCUUGAGAACUGUGAAUGACACUUCCUGUGGCAACAGUGAACAGGCUGGUCCAAUGAUUGUACCAGGAAUGACUCUGCUACCAAACACAGAGCUCUCAAUUCCUUUUUCCUAUUCUGUAAAAUUCAAGGCAGUUGCCAAGAUGGAAUGGGGAUCCAGGUGGGACCACAUGCUGACCACCACCAGUCCAGCCAAUGUCCAGUGGUUCACUAUUAUGGACACUGUGGUAUCUGUCAUGGUGCUUACAGGAAUAGUGGCAGUUGUGCUUAUGAAUACUGUUCGCAAAGACAUCCAGCGCUACAACACUCAGCAGGGCAAAGAAGAAAAGCUUGGUGAUGACAUCAUCAGCAUUGAUGAAGGUGGAUGGAAGCUGAUCCAUGGGGAUGUCUUCAGGAUACCACCAGGGUCCAAGUGGCUCUGUGCAGCAGUUGGAUGUGGCUUGCAAGUCCUCCUCAUGACAACAGUGACUUUUGGCUUUUCUUGCUUUGGCUUUGUGAAUCCAAACAGAAGAGGAAGCAUGCUCAACUGGGCCAUCAUAGUCUUCAUGAUCUUUGGAGCCCCUGCAGGGUAUGUUGCUGGUAGACUCUUCAGGACUUGCCGUGGAAGGUACUGGGUUCAAAUGGCAGUCCUCACAGCUACUGCUGGCCCAGGGUGGGCACCGAUUCAAUUCCCAACACGUGUCAACCAAGUUCCACGGAUGAUAGGAAAAACUAGUUUCAUCCUCAGACCGAUUCCUGGGGCUCUGUGUGCGGGGUUUCUUCCAUUCCUUUGUGUAGCUCUUCAACUGUACUUCAUCUCCAGCUUCAUCUGGUCCAACAUGGUUUUCCACAUGUUUGGGUUACUAUUUGUCGCAUUCCUGCUCUUUGUGGCAACAAGUGCGAUUAUUGCUGUAUUCUUGUGCUAUUAUCAGCUGUGUGCAGAGGAUCAUGAAUGGUGGUGGAAGAGCUUCUUUUCAUCCGGCUCCACAGCACUUUACAUAUUCCUCUAUUCAAUUUACAAUUACAUCUACACUGUGGAGGGAUUUGGAAUCAUGCCCCUGAUGCUCUACUUCGGUUACGCAACCAUAUUGUCUCUCCUCUGCUUCCUGCUCACUGGAUCAGUCGGAUUCCUGGCGUGCUUCUGGUUCGUCAACAAAAUCUACAGCUUUGUCAAAGUCGACUGACCGACUCGCACCACUCGCGCACAAAUCCAUUUUCACUCGCACGCAUCAAUUCAAAAUUUCACCGGGAAUAAAAAGUUUUGUUUCGCAAAAAACA